UUGCAUAAGUUUUGGGGCAGGCAGCAACUGCGCCUGAGCAAUGCAAUCAGGGAUAGGGACUUGUGCAGCAAGUUGCUGCCGCUGCUCAAAGAUGCCCCAAAGUCCAAUAAUUUCGUAGAAAGUUCUCUCUGUGUGUUUGGCAUAAAUUCUUCGAGCUUCGAGAAUUCAUUUGCAGCAAGUUUGUGCAGCGGCAGCUGAGGCAUCCGCUUAAAUGCUCAACAGCAGCACCCCGAACCCCCGCACAUAAAUCUCUUUCUUGUCUCCCUUCGCGCAGCGAGUGCAUUCGAAAGUGCAGACUAAAUGAAUAAGUGCUGCCCCAUAGGAACAGGAAACAAUCGUAUCGCAGAUACAAGCAGGGAGAGGCACCCAGAGGAACAGAACACUCCCGAGGCAGUGGGAGGAGAGAAGAUGAUAAUCAGCAUGAAUCAAACGGAAUCGAAACCGAGCUGGAGCGGCAGUGUCCGCUUCCUCGACGAGCAGCAUCCGCUGGACUAUCUGGAGGUGGGUGUGGCCCUCGUGAAUGCCAGCAGCAGCAGCAGCAGCGCAGAGUACAACGAAACGGGCAGUGGACCGCUGGACCCGGAGCUGGUCGAACGCUUCCUCAGCAAUCGGGCAGUGGACAGUCCCUGGUACCACAUGCUAAUUAGCAUGUACAGCGUCCUCAUCGUGUUCGGGGCUCUGGGCAACACGCUGGUCGUCAUUGCCGUUGUCCGCAAGCCAAUUAUGCGCACGGCCCGCAACCUCUUCAUACUCAAUCUGGCCAUCUCUGAUUUGCUUUUAUGCCUGGUCACCAUGCCGCUGACAUUGGUGGAGAUUUUGACCAAGUACUGGCCCCUCGGCUCCUGCUCCAUUCUGUGCAAAAUUGUGGCCAUGCUGCAGGCACUUUGCAUAUUCGUUUCGACAAUAUCCAUAACAGCCAUUGCCUUUGAUCGCUAUCAGGUGAUUGUCUAUCCCACGCGGGACAGUCUGCAGUUUGUGGGAGCCGUGACCAUACUGGCUGGCAUUUGGCUGCUGGCGCUGCUCCUGGCCUCUCCGAUGUUCAUCUACAAGGAGCUGCUGAGCGAGGACACGCCGCUGCUGCUGCAGCAGAUUGGGCUGCAGGAGCAAAUCAGAUUCUGCAUCGAGGACUGGCCGAGCAGCAACGGCCGCUUCUACUACUCGAUCUUCUCGCUGUGCGUGCAGUAUCUGGUGCCCAUCCUGAUCGUGUCGGUGGCCUAUUUCGGGAUCUACAACAAGCUGAAGAACCGCAUCACCGUCGUCACCGUGCAGGCGGCCUCGUCGCAGCGCAAGGUGGAGCGGGGCAGGCGCAUGAAGCGCACCAACUGCCUGCUGAUAAGCAUUGCCGUCAUCUUUGGGGUGUCGUGGCUGCCGCUGAACUUUUUCAAUCUGUACGCGGACAUGCAGCGCUCGGGCUCGGGGCCCAGCUCGAACAUGCUCGUGAUGUACGCCAUUUGCCACAUGAUCGGCAUGAGCUCGGCCUGCUCCAAUCCCCUGCUCUAUGGAUGGCUCAAUGACAACUUCCGUAAAGAAUUUCAAGAACUCAUAUGUCGUUGCACUGAAUCCACUAAUGUUGCUCUUAAUGGUCACACGACAGGCUGCAACGUGCAGGCGGCAGCGGCGCGGCGGCGGCGCAAGCACGGCCACGCCGACAUCUCCAAGGGCGAGCUGAAGCUGCUCGGCCACAGCGGGGCAGGUGGCGGCGGGGGUGCCAACGGUGGCGAUGGUGGCGAUGGUGGCGAUGGUGGUGUGAGCGUUGCAGCCACCGAUUUCAUGACCGGACAUCAGGAUUGUGGACUGCGUAGCGCCAUGACCGAGUCUGUGGCGCUCACCGAGAAUCCCAUGCCCACGGAGGUCACCAAGCUGAUGCCUCGUUUGGAACAAUACUAAAUUGCAUUUGUUGUGCUUGUACUCCUCCAUUUCCCCUACGACUUGCGCUACAUCCAGGCCACCCCGAGCCGGAGGAGGAGCAGCGAGAGCCGUGAGAAUCGUCUGAGUGCGAGUGAAGGAACGAGCGAGCGGACGAUAUAUUUAUUGUCCAGUGAUCCAAAGCCAAGCUGAGUUACACCUAGGUUUAAGACAGCCAACGAGGAGUAUAAUAACCCAUAAAUAGUACAUAAUAUAAUCGAUAAUCUAUGCCCAAAUCAUCAUCACUUUCUUUGGUAAGAAAAGACUUGGUCUAGACUUGGACUAUUUUGGGUUGGUAAUUUCGUUUCCUAUCGAAUUCCGAAGAGUAAUUGUAUGAGCCCACAACUGAAAUUCGGUCAUUCGAUAAGUCGCUUAUAAGUUGCCAUUAAAACAGUUCCUAAACACUUUCAUUUCCCCUCUCGAAAGCCGCGAUACCUUUUCGAAUAAGCUAGUACAUAAUUGCAUACAUAAAUACAUAGUUCAUACAUAAUUACAUGUAGUAGACAUUCAGCGCAUCAUUUUCUACGGUUAAGCACACUCAAAGUUCGCAUAAUAAUUGUCAUCUGUAUAAUAAUAUAAUCGGAGUGCAGUAACCUUAGAGUAAAUGUCAGU